AUGCAGCUGAGCCCCACGCGCGCGCCGCUCAGCCCGAUCCCCGCUUAUCACGGCGCGGGCGACGGCGCGCACGACUCGUGGAACGACUGGAACCACUACCCGGGCCGCGACGAGUGGAGCGGCCCGCAGCCGCGCCGCGUCGACUGGUCCGGGCCGCAGCCGCGCCAAGCGUCGCGGACCGGCGGGGCUGCGGCAGCGGGGGGAGGCCGGACGGGGUCAGGAGGAGGAGGGGGAGCGGGAGGGGGAAAAUCGGCCGGCGGGAAAGUGGGGCCCAGCGGGCGGGGGGCUCUAGGGCCAGCGGGUGGGGGAAUUGGCGGAGCAGGUGCGCGGGCGGGGGCCCAGGGGGGCACGGGGGGCGUCGGGGGCGGCGGAAGCAGCCAGCAGCAGCAGGUGGUGGCGGCGGCGCAGCAGCGGUUCUUCUCGGAGCGGCUCGACCGGCACCAGCUGGCGCUGCUGGCGGCGUGGGACGACGACAGCGACGCGGAGGGGGGAGGCGGCGGGAGAGAGGGGGAGCGGGAGCGGGAGAGAGAGAGGGAAAGGGAGCGCGAGCGGGAACGGGAGAGGGAGCGGGAGAGGAGUAGCCAGCAGGUUUUGGCGUAUUUGGCGCACAGCAGGAGCGGCAGCAGCGGCGGCGGCGGCGGUAGUGGGGGAGGGGGAGGGGGAGGGGGAGGGGGCGGGGGCGGGCGGAACGCGCUGAGCAAUGCGGGGAAGAGCUACAGCAUGGGCGAGCCCGUGUCGCUCGUCCCCAGCUCCGCGCCAAUGGCUGUAGGCGGCGCUGGCGCUGCUGCAAGCAGAGACGCUAGAAUCGCGUAUGGCAGCAACAGCAGCAGGAGGCCGUGUAGUGCAGGGGCGGGUGGAACAGGCUCGGGGGGUUCCGAAGCAGAUGCCGCCGCGGCUCGGGUGGACCAGGAGGAACAGGUCCGGGCCAGGCUUCCGGAUCUGGUUCGGCAAAUGCUGGGCGGCAGCGCGGGCGGCAGCAACACCGGCAGCGAGGCAGCCUCAACGUUCCUAACCAUACAGCGGCGAAGGGCAGCCGAGGAGGUUCGGCACCUGGUUCGGGACUCCCGAGGCAACCGGGCAGCCGUGGUGGCAGCAGCGGGAGGCCGAGCCAUCCCGGCCCUGCUCUCUCUCUUCCCAUGCGGCGAUCCCGAUACUGUAGAGCACGCGGUUACCGCCAUUCUCAACCUUUCCCUCUCCUCCUCCACUCACUCCCACCUCAUCACUCACGGUGCCGUCCCCCGUCUGGUAACCAUAGUGACAGCUGGAAACAGAGACACGGGAAUGAAUGCCGGGGCGGCAGACCCGGACAUGCCGCCGAGCCUCUCGCCUCGCUCCGUCUCCCGAACCGCGCGGGAGAACGCCGCUGCGGCUCUCUUUGCGAUAUCUGCCUCCUCCGAAGCGAAUAAAAUCCUCGUAGGGUCGACGCCAGGUGCCGUGACGGGAUUGGUCGCCAUGCUGGCCGUCUCCUCCUCCCCCUCCGGCUCCCCCAACUCCAUCCGCAGCCGAAAAGACGCCGCCCUCACCCUCUUCAACCUCUCAUUGGCCGAGAAAAACCGGGCAGCAAUAAUUUCCGCCGGGGCAGUUCCCCUAUUGGUGGAGAUGCUGCAGGAGUACGGGUCCGGGCUGGAGGAAAAAGCCACGGCUGUGCUGGUGAACCUGGGGAAAACCGGGCGGCUGGGGCGGGCGGCGAUCCGGGCGGCGGGCGGGAUACCGCUAUUGGUCGAGGCGAUGGAGUGUGGGUCGGAGAGGGGGAAAGAGGACGCGGUGGCGGCGCUGCUGAUGCUGGCUGAGGACCCCGCAUUGAGAGAUGAGAUUGCCGCGGAGGGGGUGCUUCCCACAUUGGGUGCCUUGCAGCGGUGCGGGACGCCAAGGGCACGAGUGAAGGGCACGGGUCAAGGUGAGUUGCUGUUUGGUGGCGGCUGGGAAGGGUGCUGGGUCAAGGGGGGCAAGGAGGAAGCGGUAGCAGCGCUGCUGAUGCUGGCUGAGGACCCGGCAUUGAGAGAUGAGAUUGCCGCGGAGGGGGUGCUGCCACGUGGGUGUGCUGCAGCGGUGUGGGACGCCGAGAGCGAGAGUGAAGGGUACUGCUGGGAACGGGCACCAGGGGAAAAUGUGGUGGCGGCGCUGCUGAUGCUGGCAGAGGACCCGGCGCUGCGAGAUGAGAUUGUGGCGGAGGGGGCUCUGCCGACACUGGGCACUGUAAAGCUCGGUGGUGGGCAAUGGGGGAGGCGUUGGGGAAUGGGGAAAGAAGAGUGGGGGGGGGAAUGGGCAAGGGAGAAUGGGCAAGGGGGAAUGGGCAAGACGGGGGAAUGGGCAAGACGGGGGAAUGGGCAAAGGGGGAUGGAAAAUGGGGAAUGGGCAAAAGGGGAUGGAAAAUGGGGAAUGGGCAAGAGGGAAUGGGCAAGAGGGAUGGGCAAGAAGGGGGAAUGGGCAAGUGGGAAUGGCCAAGGGAGAAUUGGGCAGAUGGGAAAAGGCAAGAGGGAAUGGGCAAUAAGGGGAAAUGGGCAAGGGGGGAUGGGCGACGGGGGAAGGGCUAGGGGCAAUGGGCAAGGGGCAAUGGGCAAGGGGCAAUGGGCAAGGGGGAACGGGCAAGGGGCAAUGGGCAAGGGGGAAUGGGCAAGGGGGAAUGGGCAAGGGGGAAUGGGCAAGGGGGAAUGGGCAAGGGGGAAUGGGCAAGGGGGAAUGGGCAAGGGGGAAUGGGCAAGGGGGAAUGGGCAAGGGGGAAUGGGCAAAGGGGAAUGGCAAGGGGGAAUGGCAAGGGGUAUUUGGCAAGGGGGAAGGGCUUUGGGCAUGGGCAUUGAGAGGGUAUAG